UGUCACCGCCCCCUGCCGCAGUCGCCUGCGGCUGUGCUUCGUCCAUUCAAAAGCCAAGCUAAAAACACCUUACGGACGACUCCUGAUAUUCCCCAGCCCGUCUGUCCCAGGCAUGGAUGACGGCUACACACCGACAUGGCACUGCAACAUUACACCCUCGACGUCUGUCUCUCCACGCCAGUUGACUGUGCCUCCACAGUGCAGAGCCUCCUAUCCAUAUUUCAUGAACAGGAAAUGACAGAGACUCUUCAUGACACAGAUGGACAUGGUUGUCUCGCCACCUUUGUGGGCAAGAAUGGCCGAGUUUUGAUGCUUCGUGUGCACUCCCAAGGCUUAGUCACCAUUGAUCUGCAGUGUUAUGACGAUGAUAACAUUGUGCAACUAGACAAUCUUUUAAAUGCACUGGAAAAGAAACUUAAAGUUCUCUUAGAUGGCAAUAUAACAAGGAUUAAAAGACUCCCUCCCCUCAGACGUGGAGCAAAGGUGGACAGGUACUGGCCCACAGCAGAUGGCAGGCUCAUAGAGUAUGACAUUGAUCGCGUGGUGUAUGAGGAGGAUUCUCCAUACCAAAACAUUAAGAUUCUCCACUCUCAACAGUUUGGGAAUAUUUUGGUCCUCAAUGGUGACGUUAAUUUGGCAGAGAGUGAUUUGGCAUAUACACAAGCUAUUAUGGGAAGCGGAAAAGAAAAUUAUGCUGGAAAGGAGGUGUUAAUUUUAGGAGGUGGUGAUGGGGGAAUUCUUGCUGAAGUAGUGAAACAAAAGCCAAAGAUGGUCACAAUGGUAGAGAUUGACCAGAAAGUUAUAGACGGGUGCAAAAUGCACAUGAGGAAGACUUGUGGCAAUAUUCUGGACAACUUGAAGGGAGACUGUUACCAAAUAUUAGUGGAGGACUGCAUUCCUGUGCUGAAGAAAUAUGUUCAUGAUGGAAAGACAUUUGAUUAUGUUAUCAAUGAUCUUACUGCUGUCCCAAUAUCUACAGAGCCAGAGGAGGAUUCGACAUGGGAGUUUCUGCGUCUCAUUUUAGAUCUGUCGAUUAAAGUCCUUCAUUCCACUGGGAAAUAUUUCACACAGGGGAACAGUGUGAAUCUGACAGAGGCACUGAGUCUGUAUGAAGAGCAGCUGGGGAAGCUCUCGUGUCCCGUGGGUUUCUCUAAAGAGGUGGUGUGUGUGCCCUCCUACCUGGAGCUAUGGGUUUUCUACACCGUGUGGAAGAAAUAAUAUUUUACCUGCUUGAAUCCCCGCCGCUCAAAUGUGAAUGCUCCUGUUUCUGCUGUGUCCGAAAGGCAUGUUCAGACUGCCAAAGACUGAUCUGCAGUGUACAAUUUUAUUGCUUUGAAAUAAUACAACAUAUGUUGUAAACCAUUUUAUUACAAUUGUAGCUAAUGCACAACCAGGUUUAUUCCAAACUAAAAACAGUUGAUUGUCACCCCAGAGUUUCCUGCAGCUCUUUGUCAAUUAAAAAGUUUUGAAACUGUCUGAACACAUCUUAAGCUGAAGGUGACUGUUUUACUUGCCUCCCCCGUCAUCCUCUAUAAUAUGCAGUAUGGAUUAUGCUUCCAAGUUUUACUGCUUUUAGUUGUUUUAUUUUGAUGCAGCUCAUUGGCUUGUUACGUUACUUGAUAAUGAAUGUCCAUUUGCAUGUACUUGUACUCUUGCUUAUAAACACUGAUAAGACACAGAUGUAGCUCAUCUCACAAGUGUUUACCUUUUUUACUUUUUACUUAUUUUUGAAAAUUUGACAUUACUUGAGUUGUCUGAUAAGGCCAAUUACUACUUUCAACCCAGAUGAUGUGGGUUAUUAAGAUGUUAUUGUUUCUGGCACUCAAAUGUGAUUGUUUGGGGUGACAAAAGUGAUGAUGCCCAAAAAGACUGUUGUCCGAAUGUGUUUUAAAAGGGAAAUGGUUCCACACUUUAAUGCCGCCUUUGUGUUUGUGCUAUUUUAUGUUUGUUUUGAUUUUGUUUUACAUUUUUAAAGACUGUUUUAGGUGCAUGUAAAGGACGGUGAAUGUAGCUGCAUAUACAGUACUCAAUUAAGAUGGAUGAAUCUUGUGGGGACAUACUUUUAUUUAUUCAUUAUGGUUUCACCAAAAGCUCUGUUGUCCCACUUUAGUGGCCAUUACAUAUUAAAUUGUAUUUUGAUGGAGAAA